CGCUAACAAUCAUCUGCGCUGUAUUGACUUUGAUUGAUCAUGCACCUGAUGUAACAUGCCAAACAGCAGCGAAUGUAAAGGCUCUCAAACAAAAACUGUUCGUCGCGGAUGCCUACGACUUAAAGGUCCGACCCACUGAUAAUCAGUCCAUGCCGAUCGAGAUAACAGUCGACUUGUACCUGUUGGCAAUAAAUGAAGUGAGCGAAGCCAAAGAAACGUUGAAGACAACUGCAUUUUUACGUGUGGUUUGGAAUGACGCGUUUCUACAAUGGGAUCCGACAAACUAUGGUGGUAUAAAGAGAGCAUUCUGGCUACAGGGAGAUGUAUGGAAGCCUGAUAUUGCAUUAAAGAAUUCCAAUCUGGACUACAAAGAACUCGGUGUGCAGACGCUCAAUAUUAUCAACAGCAAUGACGGAAACAUUUCAUGGUAUCCUUUCCACGUGUUUGAAUCCACUUGUACGAUCGACAUCAAAUACUUUCCAUUUGAUUAUCAGACAUGCUACCUGAAGUUUCAGGCUUGGAGUUACUGGAAAUCAGAGGUUUUUAUGGUGGGUCGAUUGCAUGGCAUCGAAAUGACCAGCUUCGAACCCAAUCCGAGUUGGGAAAUAAUUGCCACAAGUUGGACAAUUGAGGACGAAUAUGAUGACAGUACCAUAAGCUUUAUGCUAAAAAUAAGACGGAAGCCGCUGUUUUUUAUGUUGUCUGUUAUCUCCCCUAUGAUAAUGUUAGCAAUUUUAAACCUCUGUGUUUUCCUUCUGCCAUGUAAGAGUGGAGAAAAGGCCGGCUAUGCCAUUUCGGUGUUCCUGGCUUUCGCUAUCUUCCUUACAAUUGUUUCUGAACAGUUGCCAAAGAAUUCUGAAUCCGUGUCGUUGAUUUCGGUCUUUCUAAUUAUCCAGACAAUCUGCAGCACAUUGAUUACCAUCUUCGCACUUUCCCUUCUUCGAAUGUCCAGUUUCGAUGAAACGGUGGCGAAACCUCGCGUUCUUGUUUGCUUCAUGCGAUGUUUAAAAUGCAAAUCGUGUCACAAAGGGCCCAGUGAUACGCCGAAGCGUGUGACAAGAACGUCAGAUGAGUCGUCUACUUCUGACGUCGAAUACUCGUGGACAGAAGUCGUCAACUUUCUUGACGUCGUGCUGUUUGUAAUAUUUGCAUGCAUCCACGUCGGAUCGGCACUUGGCUGCUUUUUGCCAGCACAAUUACACCUUUAAAAUUAUAAGUUUAAUAUUCAGUUCUAUUUUUCUGUUUCGAUAGAGGGAUUGAUUUUCGUUUCUUUUUUAUUUUGCUUUUUUUGUUAUACUCUGAUAUGCAUGUAUAUAUAUGUUUAUUUCAAGUAUUGGGCUAUCAUUUAAUGGGCCACAAAGGAACAUGUAAUUUGAACGGAGGCACAAACCUUACAAUUAUAGUAAAAUAUUAAAGAUACGAUACGCUGAAAAACAACAAAAAAUUUGAAACCGCUAACAAAGCACAUAAAAUAUCAGCAUAAACCAUCAUAUUUUUCCACCAUUAGACGUGAGCUAUACAGAAAUCAGUAUUUUGUCUGUUGAUUUGGUCCGUCUGUCUGUACAUAAUAUUAUCCGCUUUCCUAUUCAUUUACGGACUCGAUAUACAUUCACCAAAUCGGUAAUAUAUUAGAAUAUUGGGCGUUGUAAUGCCCACACAAUAACAUGAAAAGGUCAUACGUUAAGGUCGAUAUUGAAAAUAAAGCUGUUUGUAAAGCAACGGGUUCAAAUUAAUUAGAACUUGCUGGCGUUUAUUUAUUUGGUGGUAUAUCGAUACAGAAUAUCGUCGAUGCGGAUUUUGUUUUGCUUUUCAGUAUUUUUUCGAAACAUGUGUUAAUAUGUUGUUUUUGCAAAGUGUAUUAUAAAUACAAAAAUGAAUGCACAUAACCUUUUGGUAAGCAUACGUAUUGUUAAUUGUUGUAGAUGCAUUGAACUAAAAAUAUGUUUUUUUCUGGUAUUAAAUUUGUCAGCUUUA